ACCAGGUAGUAGUAUUUACAUGGCGCAAAUGUAACUAGCAAGCAUUUGCUCAGGCUUCAACUUCAUAGUGAUAUUUAGAGACAUCAACGAUUCUUCUUGGCUGAUAAACAUUUUCUGGCAGAGAUGUACAACAACAAUUACACCCGGCCCAAGGUGGCACUGAAGGCUCAGGACAUUCGCAAAUCGAAAGGAAAAAGCUGUGGGUAUUAUCUACGGCUCAUCUUCUUCUUCUCUUCACUGAUACAAUCUCUGAUCAUCGUGAGCCUGGUGCUCUUCUUAGUGUACGGACAGCCAGAGAAGAGCACUGAUGAGAAAAGGGUGGAGGAGCUGGAGCAGAGUUUCAACAAGUUCACGAUAGACAACACCAAGCUGCAGAAGGAGAAAGCCAACCUCACUGCCCUGCUCAAGACGAAGACGACGGAGAAGGGUGCAGCCGAUAAAAAAGUGGUGAAACUUACAGCAGAGCUGGAUGCUGCCAAAGGAAAUAACACAAAACUUGUCCAAGCACUAGCUAGUUGUAAUACAAAUAAGAUGGUUCUAACUCGGAAUAUAUCCCCAUGUCCAGCAAGCAGUACUACAGGUGAACACAGAACCUUGCAGACUAUCCUGGAGCAGCAGAUGUCUCUGUAUGAAAUUCUUAAGACCAAUUUCAGUCAAACGGUGCAAAACUUAAAGCACGACUUGGACAGUGCAAUAAAAGAUAAAAAUAAAAAUGAGAUGGCUAUGCUAAAACUGAAACAAGAGAAGAAUGACCUGACUUCUGAGCUACAACUUUACCAAAAGAAGUGCAAGGAAGACUUUGUGAUGUCACUGCAGGGCAUCCAGAAUGUCACGACUGCCUUCCUCACCAAGAUCGACAACCUCUUCCCUGACACCUUUACUUUCCAACUUACUUGUUCAAAGCAACAAGAACAAAUGCAGAAGAUCCACGCAAACUGCACAAACCUUUCCCGGCAAAUAGAAGACAAGUUCCAGAACUACUUGAAUUCAGUUGGUGACAAAGUCUCAGCCCUUCAGGCACAAAGCAGCCGGCUGGACGUUGAAAACAGACGCCUAACUUCUGAAAUUCAGAAGUGCAAUCAGGACCAUGCUGAGGAAGUUGAGAAGUGCACAAAGCUUCUUCAGGAGGCUCAGCAAGUGCAGGACAGAAAGGUGGAGCCACUACUGGUCGCCCAGAAAAAACUGAUGCAGGAAAAUCAAAUACUGCAAGCUAGAUGUUUACCAAAGCCCCCUAUGCCAAAACCGAAUGGACUGCAACCUCACAUGACAUUUGGACAGCAGAGUCGGACUGGACAGAUGAGCAUCCCUGCAUCAAACACUGCGGUCCAAACCAAACCAGGCAGCAGUCAAUCACCAAAGGUCAGGUGAUGAGUGAUGAGCAAGGAACGAGGAGCGAGUGAUGAACGAGGAACUGAUCUCCAGUUCAGUCUCAGAAGAAUGGCUCAAAAAGUGUGAUUUUGAGGUUCUAACUUUCAUGAGCUGAAGCUGAACUGUAAAAGUAUUUGAAUUGUUUGCAUUAAUAAUACUGUGACAGUAUUAAUCCGUUGUAAAUACUCAGUUGUACAUGAAUCUAUUGUCAGUUUUUAAACAAUUGUAUGUCAAGCAUGAAGGUGACUAUUUUGUGAAAACAAUAAAAUUAUUAUUAUUAUUUUUUUUUUUAAUGUACAGAGUCUCUCAGGGAAGUGUGAAAAUGGCCAUGACUACUUUUCAAAUCAGGCCAAAUAAACUUCACUGUGAACUUUACAACAAGAAUGUUAAGUUAAUUGCAAGCUUUAUUUGUCAGUUUAAUAAUUACUUGUGUUAACAAUACAAGGCAAGCUUAUUGUUUAGCUCUACAUAUCCUGCAAAGGUUGGGGUAAAAGCAAUCCAAACAGGAGCCAAUUACACAUGUUGCACUGUACAUAUUUUCUUGAUAUUCAAAUAUUUAAAUUUGUGUUUUACUGUAUUUGUUUUAAGCAUAUAAUACAGUGUGUUCAUCUUCGAUCUUUCUUGCUUAUUUUUUAAACAAUGUGACUUUGUAAAUACUAUUGAGUACAGUCUGUAAAAUUAUAAUCACAUUUAUUUUAUUUCAGAAUCAUAAAAAUAUUUGUCUGAUUUUGAUUUGUCAGUGACUUACAACUCGAUAAAAUAUUAUAUAAUUUUU